AUGUCAGGCGUAGAUAAACGUGUACCAAUUACUAUCGUUUCAGGUUUCAAAUCUAACGGUAAAUCUGAAGCUGUUGCAAACAUUCUCAAAAGCGGUUCAGAUUUGAAGACUGUCGUACUUACACAGGAUGUACAAAAAAUUAAGGAUUUAGCAGACGCUAAUGCUGUACAACUCGCAGAAGAUGACUGCAUUCAACUCAAAGAUGGAUGUGUAUGCUGCAGCCUCCGUUCUGAACUUAUGGGCCAAGUAUACGAUCUCGCAAAGUCUGAAAAAUACGGAUACAUCAUCGUAGAAGCAUCAGAUGCAGCAGACCCAGAAGAACUCGCUGAAACAUUCUCUGCUGAAAUGGAAGAUGACGAAGAAGACGAUGAAGAAGCAGAUGAAGAAGGUUUAGAAAUCGACGAGCACGACCGUAUUGCUUCCGAGAAAGUAAAGCAAAUCAUGAAGGAAGGUGGUCUUAACAAAUUUGUCAAGGUCGAUUCAGCUGUUACUAUCGUCAACGCUGAAACAGUAUUGAGCGACUUCCACUCCACUGAGUUCGUCGGUGAUGGCUCUAAGAAGGACGACGAGGAAGAUGAAGAAGAAGAAUCUACCCUCACAGAUGCGCUCAUCGCCCAAAUCGAAUUUGCAGACGCCAUUUACCUCAACAACGCUUCAAAGGCUAGCGCAGAAGUUAAGCAACAAGCUCACGGUGUCAUCAAGGCUCUCAACAAGCGCGCUAAAGUUAUUGAAAUUGAUAACUCAGCUAUCGAAGCUAAGGAUGUUAUCAACGCUGGUUUGUUCACCCCAGUAGAAUCAUUCAACCCAGAAUGGUUAAGAGCAGUCAAGAACUCCGCAGGUGGUGACUCAUACGCUAACAACAACGGUAUUGAAUCAUUCGUCUACAGACGUAGAGUACCAUUCCACCCAGCACGUCUCGCCAAAUUGUUCAAGGAGUCAUUCCACUUCAUCCAACAAUCUGAAGCUCAAGAUGAUGAAUGGGAAGACCAAGAAGAAGACGCUGAAGAAGAUGAAGGAAAGGGUAAAGGCAAGGCUGUCGCUGAAGCAGAAGAAGAAGCACCACUUGAUGAAAUCACAACUGAGAACCUCGUCGAUGCAUCAUCAAGAAAGCAAAAGGGUGUAUUCGCUUCCCUCCUCAGAGCUAAGGGUAGCUUUUGGAUUGCUUCAAGAGUCGCCGUCGGUGGUGCUCUCCAAUCUUCUGGCCCUGUAUUGAGCGCAGCUUCAGGUGAAAUGUGGUACUCAAAGAUCCCAGAAGAGGACCUCGCUCAAGUUACUCCAGAUGAGCAAAAGUAUGUCAGAGAAGUUGUCUUUGACGGUAAAUUCGGUGACAGACGUCAAGAGAUCUUUAUCGUUGGUGGACCAAACUUCAACAGAAAGGAGAUCGAACAAACUCUUGAUGCGGCUUUAUUGACAGACGAUGAGUUCAAGACCUACACUUCAAUCUUCGACAAAGAAUUGGGUGUCUUGGAGAAGGAUGAGGAACUCGCAAAGGCAUUCGAAGGUGACUCUGAGUUUGUCCAAUGGGCUGACGACCUUAUCAUGGCUCUUCUCGACGAAGAAGAAGAGGAUGACAACUAA